GGGGGAGAGGUGUGUGUGUAGCUGAGGGGGGUUAGAGCAAACCAAUGGCUGCUUAGCAAUCACUGAAGGGAAGCUUAGACCUGCCCCUCUCCUGGUGACGCCUUCAAUGCCCCAGGCACACAUAGCUCAGGAGCAGCUAAACUAUCACUUUUUCAUUCCAGAGAGAGAGAGAGAGGGAGCGAGACACAGAGAGAAGGAAAAGCUGGAUUUAGGGAAAGGAGAGGGGGAAAGAUGGGGGAUCUGCCAGAGGGAUAUUAGAAACACAGAGAGAAGGAAAAAGAUAUUAGUGAGUUGGGUAAGAGAAGGACGGGAAAGGGGAUACUAAGGGGUAAUAAAAAAAGGAAGGAAACAUAUAGAAAGGAAGAAGAGAAAACAUCUUAGGAAAGGUGGCAGACAACAGAGCCGUGAUACAGAGACAUUCCCAUCAUUUGUCUGCUGGAACUUCUACACAGAGCCAACACAUAAGGUUUCCCAUGAUGUGGCAUCUCCUAGUAUGGACUAUUCUGCUUGCCAAUGCCCGAGUGAUGAAAGCUGAAGGUUGCCCAGCUGGCUGCCAGUGCAAUCCGCCACAGAAUGUGUUCUGCCUGGAACGCAAGAACUCAAACUUCCCACCUGGUGUGCCACCAGACACUCUCAAUCUGUAUGUAUUUGAGAAUGGCAUCAGUUCCAUUGAGGAGAGCAGUUUUAUUGGGCUGAAUGGUUUGCAUCUCCUAGACCUCUCCCAUAACCAACUAUCUAGUCUUCCAGAGGGAGUAUUUAGGAGCUUGACCAAUCUGAGCAAUCUGGAGCUUACAUCCAACCAGCUGACAGAGAUCUCGGCAGACACCUUUCAGGGUCUGAGUCGGCUGGAAAGGCUGUACCUCAAUGGGAACCGCAUCCGCAACAUUCACCCAGAUGCUUUUAAGGGCCUCGAAAGUCUGCUGGAACUCAAGUUAAGCAACAACCAACUGAUAACACCUCCAGCCUUUUCUUUGCCCCAUCUCUUGCUCCUUGAUCUGAGUUACAAUGCAAUUCCUGUCAUCCAACCAGGGGUCUUUAAUGCAGACAACAUUGAGACUCUUCGUCUUGCUGGUCUUGGUUUGAAAGAUAUAUCAGAAGAAUUGCUGAUUGGCCUCAAGAACCUUCAUGACCUUGACCUGUCCGACAACCAGCUGGACAAAGUACCUCCCGGGCUGCAUGGAUUGACAAAGCUAAGCAUUGCUGGUAAUUUUGGAUUCUCUCAGAUCCAAGUGGAUGACCUUGUAAACCUUCCUGCACUACAAGAGCUAGAUUUAAGUGGGCUCAGCUUACGUACCCUACCAAAGGGUUUAUUUAAGUCUUCCAAACGCCUUCGGACUAUAAGCCUGGCAGAAAAUCCAUUCAACUGUGUUUGCUCGCUAGGCUGGUUAUCUGAAUGGAUGCGUGUUAGUGGAGUGGUACUACUGCGGCCGGAUGAAACUCGCUGCCAUUUUCCUCCUAAAAAUGCCGGCAAGACAUUGAGACAGUUGCGGGAUUCUGAAUAUGGAUGCCCAGCACCAACAACUAUUCAUAUGCCAACAACAAUGGCACCAAGCACCACCACUGGGCCACCUAUAACCACUAAGCCCUUGCAGACAGAAGCCCCAACUACUGCCUCAACAACAACUACCACCAUACUUUAUCAGGAGCAGGAAGAAGAUACUGAACCAUUUCCAUUUGACUUUGAAGACCCUUUGUGCCCACCUCAGACUUGUCUGAAUGGGGGUUCUUGCCACCUAGAUCAUACUGGCCAACUGGAAUGUGAAUGCCCACCUGGAUUCCAAGGCACCUACUGUGAGACUGGUCCAGUCACGCCAGCUGUGCUUACAGAAAUAAACACAGAACAGGUGAAAAUCAUUGAAGUGACAGUUAGCUCUAUCCAAGUUGAUCUUCAGAGUUACAGCCAAAACAAAGAAAGACUAGGGGGAAUCCGAUUAACUGUACGUAAUCUGUAUGGUGCAGACCACCGGCCUCAGAUAUAUAAUUUACCGCCUACUCUGCCUGAAUAUACAGUAUGGGGAUUGUCCCCCAACAGUACCUACUGGCUUUGCCUGGGGUCACAGGGUGAGGGAGGUUCAGAAGAUGAUCUGUGCACUGAAAUUCACACUUUAGGAGAACCUCCAAAGCACAGCCCCCAAGUCACCCCCUCUCAAGAAGGAAACCUUACCCUGGUGCUCGUGCCUGCGGUGGCUGCAGGAAUCCUUCUGUCUGUAGCAGUUGCAGCUGCAGCUUGCUAUGCUAGAAGACGUCAGGUGAAGGGACACUCUGUUGAGGAUGGUGGUCCUCUAGAAAUGGAUGGAGUAAAAAAAGGACUGGAUAGCAUGGGGGAAAUCAAAAAACUGUCAGAGGGUCCACCAGGGUCUGAAAAAAAUAUUGCAGAAUCAGAGGAGCCUCUAAUGGAAUCAACAAGGAUUGGGAACAAUAAUGAUGUACCCACAGGCAGGCUCCCUCAUUCAUAUUUCUAAUCAAGGCACAGAUAUGGUGACUGUGAAAGACUUUGUGGUCUGUAUACACUCUCAGUCAUAAGACGACUGGACUAUGAAAAGAGCUUAAUGCACAGCAUUGAAAAGUGCAACAACUGCUUUCUUAUCUUUGGUCAAGAGUUAUAGAAAGUGAGCCUGAAGUGCUUAUGUACUGCUUGGGGUGACAGUAUUACACAUGCUACCACUUGGAGAGGCAAAGAAGUCCAAGAGAUAGCUAGUCACAGACUCUAAACAUUAAGGAAGAGUUGGUCUUUUUUUUCAGACUGAUACCCUACUAAGUUUGGAGAGACUGUAGGGAUUGAUUUAGGCUGGACCUGUGAAGGGGAAAAGUCAGGUUUUGAUCGGGCCUGGAAUUUAAGGCUCCUACUGCUGGACAAGAUGGGGCCUUUUGGUAAUGUUUCAUUCCAGGAUGCAAAAUUGGGCACAAUUUAAUAAAUAAAGACUUUCUUACAA